UAUCCCGGCGCCUUCUGGGGCCCUCGGUGGCCACUGCACCUCAGUUCACCCUCGGCUCCCGCGCCGCCAGCAUGACCGACGCACUGCUGCCCGCGGCCCCCCAGCCACUGGAGAAAGAGAGCGAUGACUACUUUCGGAAGGGCUGUAAUCCCCUUGCACAAACUGGCCGGAGCAAGCUGCAGAACCAGAGGGCGGUCCUGAACCAGCAGAUCCUGAAGGCUGUGCGGAUGCGGACUGGGGCCGAGAAUCUUCUCAAAGUGGCCACAAACCAGAAGGUGAGGGAACAGGUUCGCCUGGAGCUGAGCUUCGUCAACUCAGACCUGCAGAUGCUGAAGGAGGAGCUGGAGGGGCUCAACAUCUCCGUGGGAGUGUACCAGGGCUCCGAGGAGACCUUCACCAUCCCUUUGAUUCCUCUCGGCCUGAAGGAAACCAAAGAAGUUGACUUUUCAAUCAUCCUCAAGGAUUUUAUCUUGGAACAUUACAGUGAAGACAGCUAUUUGUUCGAAGAUGACAUUGCAGAUCUUAUGGACCUGCGGCAGGCUUGUCGAACACCCAGCAGGGACGAGGCGGGGGUCGAGCUGCUCAUGUCGUACUUCAUCCAGCUGGGCUUUGUGGAGAGUAGGUUUUUCCCGCCCACCCGCCACAUGGGGCUCUUGUUUACCUGGUAUGACUCCCUCACUGGGGUUCCGGUCAGCCAGCAGAACUUGUUGCUGGAGAAGGCCAGCAUUCUCUUCAACAUCGGGGCACUGUACACCCAGAUUGGGACCCGCUGUAACCGGCAGACACAGGCUGGGCUGGAGAGCGCGGUGGAUGCCUUCCAGAGAGCUGCAGGGGUCUUAAACUACCUGAAAGAGACAUUCACUCAUACUCCAAGUUAUGACAUGAGCCCUGCCAUGCUCAGCGUGCUGAUCAAAAUGAUGCUCGCCCAAGCCCAAGAAAGUGUGUUUGAGAAAGUCUGCCUUGCAGGGAUCCAGAAUGAGUUCUUCGUGCUGGUAAAGGUGGCUCAGGAGGCAGCCAAGGUGGCAGAGGCCUACCGGCAGCUGCAUGCAGCCAUGAGCCAGGAGCCGGUGAAAGAGAACAUCCCGUACUCGUGGGCCAGCGUGGCCUCUGUGAAGGCCCACCACUAUGGGGCCCUAGCUCACUACUUUGCCGCCACUCUCCUCAUCGAUCACCAGCUAAAGCCAGGCGCUGAUGAGGACCAUCAGGAGAAGUGCCUGUCGCAGCUCUAUGACCACAUGCCGGAAGGGAUGACACCUCUGGCCACGCUGAAGAAUGAUGGGCAGCGUAUGCUACUGGGUAAAGGACAUCUGCACCGAGCCAUUGGCUGCCACGAGGAGUCGCUGAGGGAGGCCAACCUGUGCAAGAAGUUGCGAGACAUUCAGGUGCUUCGCGAUGUGCUGUCCGCCGCCCAUCAGCGCACUCAGCUCAAGUACAACCAGCACCGAGAGGAUGACGAUCUUCUAAACUUGAUUGCUGCUCCAGAUGUCCUUCCAAAAACUGAGCGAGAGGCCGAAAUAACCUCCCCCCAGUUCUCCAAAGUGACAGUUACAGACUUCUUCCAGAAGCUGGGACCCCUGUCUGUGUUUUCGGCCAACAAGAGAUGGACACCUCCUCGAGGAAUUAACUUCACAGUGGAGGAAGGGGACCUGGGUUUCACCCUUCGAGGGAACGCCCCAGUCCAGGUGCAUUUCCUGGAUCCUCACUGUUCUGCUUCGCUGGCAGGUGCCAAGGAAGGAGAUUACAUUGUUUCCAUUCAAGACAUCGAUUGUAAGUGGCUGACGGUGGGUGAGGUUAUGAAGUUGCUCAAGAGCUUUGGAGGGGAUGACAUUGAGAUGAAGGUCGUGAGCCUCCUGGACUCCACAUCAUCCAUGCAUAAUAAGUGUGCCACUUACUCAGUGGGAAUGCAGAAGACUUACUCCAUGAUCUGCCUGUCCAUGGAUGAUGACGAUAAAACUGACAAAGCCAAGAAGAUCUCAAAAAAGCUCUCCUUUUUGAGUUGGGGCACCAGUAAGAACAGGCAGAAGUCAGCCAGCACACUCUACCUCCCGGCAGUUGGCCUGGCCAGGCCUCAAACCAAGAAGAAACUCCCGACACCCUUCAGCCUGCUCAACUCCGACAGCUCUCUGUACUAACGGGGGAACGCAGUCAACUCCUUGGAUAACAAGCCUGUUUCAACCGACCUGUGCCAUGAUGGAAAUGUUCUCCAGCCCCAUCUUCUCAGAGUGGAAACUUGCAUUUGGUGGCCUUA